UAAGGUCCUCCUCCACUUGCUCUUUGGGAAUACAAAUGCUGCUUGGCUUCACAGCACUUUCUCAGGCUACACAAAGAAAAGGAAGACUUUGGCCGCAUACAUUUGGAACAUCUCAGCACUUGGUAAAAUAAUAAAUAAAUAAAUAAAAACACCCUAAAAGGCACAAUGUUGAAGGGAAUGGAGAUUGGGGGCAUUGCCCUGGGCAUUAGUGGCUGGAUCCUUAGCAUUAUCGCUUGUGCUCUCCCAAUGUGGUGUGGCACGGUCUUUGUUAAUUCACAAAUCAUCACAGCACGAAGCAUCUGGCAAGGUUUGUGGAUGAAUUGUGCUGUACAGAGCACCAGACAGAUUAAGUGUAAGGUCUACAACAGCAUUCAGGCCCUACCGCAGGAAAUUCAGGUUUCCAGAGCCAUGACGGUCAUUGUCGUCGUCUUGGCUUUCCUGGGCGUGAUGAUCUACAUCAUAGGCACCAAAUGCACAAAUUUUAUCAAAGAGGAAGUAUCCAAGGCUAAAAUGAUGAUCGUCUCUGGUGUGAUGUUCAUUAUUGCCGGCAUCCUGGAGCUCAUUCCGGUGGUCUGGGUGGCACACCUAACCAUUCAGGAGAUUUACAACCAAAUACCAGACAGCGUUCAUCAAAGAGAGGUUGGGGCGUCCAUCUAUGUAGGGUUUGCCGCUGUUGCUCUGUUACUGAUUGGAGGAGCUUUGCUGUGCUGCACCUGUCCUCCACAGGAGAAGAAGUACAAGACGCCAAGAAUGGGCUACUCUGUUCCACGCUUUGUCGGUGGUGGAUAUGACAGGAUGGACCAUGUUUAACCUUGUUUUCUUGUAAGAAAAUAAAAAAAGGUCUCACACAAAGGGUGGAGAUAACUCUAAUGGCUUAAAACAAGAAUGGAAAAUCUUAUACUAAUAUGUUUAUACCUUGCUUGAAUUGCAAUCAGCUCUGUAAAGGUUUCAUUGUGUUUAAUGUCAAUGCAUUCUUAUUCUUAUUCAUUGAAACUGUUAAAAAUGGAAUGGAGAACUGUCAGAUAUCUACACAGCAGCUUUGGCCUUUUUUUUUUUUUUUUUUCUUCUUUACAAUCCAUCUGUAUAUGUGUUAAAUACAUUACGAGUGGAUGCAUGCAAAAUAAAUAAUAAACAAAAAUAUGAAUAAUGCCUUUAGUCUUCAGUCAUUCUUGUGCUGCUCCAUUCAACCAGAUUUCAAACGUGAAUAAAGCCAGCGAAAACCCCACAAUGCCACACUGCAGUGCAUUACUGUAAAAACGCAUGAGCUACAAUAACAACACCUCCUUCUUGUAAAAUUACUCACAGGUGACAUGGAAAUAUACUGUUAACAGCUGUAAAUGUUGUUUGACCCAUAAUGCAUUGCAAGCUACAGCUACAUCUUGUAAAAUGUACAGCUUGUACAGCUAUGUCUUGCUGUAAAAACUGCACUGUAAAAAAAAAAAAGUGUAAUUUUAACUGUAAAAUUUUAUAAAGAUGCUAUGAAAAAAAAAAUUAGCUUAACAAUAAGUUCCCGUACUAUAUACAGGGAAAAACUGUGAAAGUUCUAACCAGACAUUCCAUGUAAUUUUACAGUAAAAUGCUGUUAAUUGUACAGUUUUUAGAAGUAAAAAUAACAAAUCAAUGUAUAAUUGACAGUCAAAAACUGUAAACUGAUAUUCCCAGAAUUCCCUGCAUGACACUCCACAUUUGAAAGUAUUUUGUUUAAAUAAUCAUGUUUUUUAAUAGUUUUUGUUAUCAGUUAUGUACAUUUGGGCUUUAUGUUACAUCUUCUGUUGUUUGAUGAAAGUUUAUUGCAUUAUUUAAGUACCAUGUGUGUUACUAUGAUGGUUUUGUGUUUGCAUGAAUGACUCUGUGCACCUUCUAUAUAUUAGUAUAUAAUUCUGCUUGUGGUGAAGCUACUUGUGUGGAGCUUUGAUUCUUCAUAUGGCUUUCUCUUUUACAACCUGCAUUAUUAUGGUGGUUGUCAGUAUUUUAAUAGCAGUGUGUUGAAUUUACUAGUUUACAUUCAAAUUUCCUUGUUCACAAAUUACAGUUUUAUACUGUACAUUUUACAGUUUGUUCUGUAAAUGUGUUCACAGUUUUUCUAUUUUUCACAAAAUUAUUUCACAAAACAACCACAGCUGCCAAAAUUAUUUAGUAAAAACUACAGAAUUGUUUUUUUACAGUGUGUGUAAAAACGGUUACAUUGUAAAUUUUUGUUGAAAUGGUUAUUUGCUUGAUAAAUCAUCUAUGUUUUAAGUGUUAUUGACUCAGAUUCAUAUUGAGUUCAACAACUUUGUGAUUAAAAGUAAUAUUUUAUGGGGUAUAGUCUAAUAUGUGUUAAUGCUUCGUAAAAAAAAAAAAUAAUAAUAAUAAAAAUAAAAAAAUAAUAAAAACUUUAAAAAAUGUUUUCACAUAAUUUACCUUUAUUCCUCACCGCUCUAUCCCUGCUCUACGGUGACCGGGAGGGGCCGUCUUCGGUUCACUUAGUUUUGUCGUGGCCACGCAACCCAGUCUCUUACUACUGCGUAUCUAUACAACGAGUUUGCAUUUUCAUUAGGCGUAGUAUUUACACGCCAAAGUCACAUUUUUCGUUCACACUGUACGCAAAUCA